AUGGUUUAUGCCAACGACCCCCUCCCGCCCACUCCUUGUUGCGUGUGCCGGUUGAAACGGCGAGGAUGUGAUCGAAAACGACCAAGCUGUGGUGGCUGUAAAGCCCGGGGCCUUGAGGAGGACUGCUCGUACAAGCCCUCUGACAUGCCCCCGCCAAUUAACAACAAGCGUAAGAGGGAGUCUCAAACCCUAGUACGCCGGAGCCAGGGUUGGCAUCCCUCAGACACUCACCGGAGUCCGUCCACGAUACCCAUGGUGGUCAUCGAGCCCUUCCAUUCCUCCGGUAGUCCAGAUAUCAUCACGAACGGCGUUGAGACGCCCCAGAGCUUGGAUGAGCCUGCCGGCAUUGACCUUGAUGAUGGGCAGGUUUCUGUCCAUUCGGACCAGAGCUUCCACACGGCCAAUUUUUCGACAGAGCCACCUGAGAUGGCAACUGACUACUCGCGCCUUAGGGAGUUGCAGCGGGUCGUCGGCGAACGAACGGGUGAUAUCAAAGCGGAAGAACUACUGGAAGAUGGCGCCUUUUGCUCCCCGAUUAUGAGUCCUCCUGGAGGGGAUCCAUCAUCUGCCAAAGGCCCGACGCGGCGUGACUUCCCCGUGCAUUUGACCCAGGAGUUGGCAGAUAGCCUCAUACACAUUUACCUCACGCGAGAAUACGCAAACCUGCCUAUCUUUGACCUGGCCCAUUUCAGAUCUGCGUAUGAAGCGGCAAAAACCGGGCGAAUGACGGGUUCCUCCACGGACACGUUCCACGGGAUUCUGAAUGUCAUCUUCGCUAUCUCCGGAUGGAACUCUCACCAGAUGGACUUUGCUGAUGUGGACCGCUUCUUCGCCUAUGGUAAGAAUCUAACCCCGGGGAUCGUGCAACCUGGGAAUCAAUGGGAACACAUACAAAGUUCCCUUUUGCAGAGUCAUUACCUGUAUGCUACUGGGAAGCUGCAGUCAGCGUGGUCGGUCAUUGGAUCUACUAUCAGGAUUGCCCAAACUCAAGGGUUACACCUGAAGACAGGAGGACGGGACGUCGUUGAGAGAAGAGAUCGGGACCUGGCCCGAAGGCUCUGGCAUAGUGCCAUGAUUAUCGAGCGAAUGCUUGCGCUGCAGCUGGGGAUCCCACCGCAGACUCCCAACCCGCUCCGCGUCCCGUUGCCCAUGCACUCGGACACGGACUACCUCGACGCCAUCUCGGAGAAGCAGCCUCGGGCACAUGCCGAGCGGCCAUCCACGAUAGAGUUUCUAACAGCCUGCGCGAGGCUCUACUGCCACGUCGAGGAUAUCAUGGCCUGGGAAGACGAGUCGAGGGUACAGACCAGCGGCUGCGCCUCGAAAAAGAUGUUAUCCCUGGACUUCAGGCUCCUGUUCAAAGUGGACAGUUUCCUAUACGACUGGCAGAGAUCUUUACCAUCAUUCCUCCGAAACAAGACACCAAACAGCAACCCAGAGGACCCUCUCGUCCACCGACAACGCAACAUCCUUCGCAUCCGCUAUCUGUACCUCAGACUACGACUACACCGACCCCUCUUGAUCCUCGGCCGCGCAUUAGGCCAUGUCCACAACCCUCCCACCGACAGCCACUCCCAUGCAACUGACAGAAAUGCCACAUCGCCGGACUCACCCAUAGCCCUCAGCAUGAUCCGCGACUCAUCAAGCAAAUGCGCCGGCGCAGCAGCCGAACUAGCCGAAAUCCUCUACAAAAACGAAGACGGACUGCUCAACAACCAACCCGACGCGCUCGCAUCCAACGCCAUCACCUCAUACUGGGAAAACAUCCACUACGCAUACGCCUGCGGGAUAAUCGCCCUCGCAACCCGUCUCCGCGGGCCUGGAAGUGCCGACCCGGCGCGAAUUGACAGCCAAGCGAUGGAGACGACCCGCUCGCGCGCAGUUGACCUUCUCGACCGGUAUAGAGAUGUUUGGCCCCAUGGGUCUCUGAAGCGCGUUGCGCAGCGGUGCUGGGAUACGUUGAUGGGGUUGUCGAAGGAUGUUAGAAGGCCGAUUCCUGAGAGUGUAGGUAGUGCUGGGUUGGCCUUGCGAGAUGGGGUACUCGAGAAUGGGACGGCUGGAGGGAGGGGCAGUUAUAGUAGACUGGGCCUUGGGGAUCAGAUGAAUGCUGGCCGGGGGCAGUUUGCGUGGAUUGAAAGUUUGCCGGUUGAUCUUGGUGGGGGGUGGGAGUGA